AUGUUAAACGUUGGGAAUAGACUACGAAACUGUUGGUGGUUGUUAGUUAUCCCAGUCGUGACUGCUGGAAUAGCUUGCUUAAGUAACCCGUGUCUUCAUGGAAUUUGCAUAGACGAUGUUAAUAGCACGUACUCCUGCUACUGCACAGAUGGAUUCACGGGUAUACAAUGCCAAACAAAUUGGGACGAGUGUUGGUCGAAUCCUUGUCAAAACGGUGGCACUUGUAUUGAUGGAGUAGCGAUGUAUAACUGCUCGUGUCCCGAAGGGUUUAUAGGAGAUGACUGCGAGACUAACUACAACGAAUGCGAAUCGAACCCGUGUCUUAAUAACGGCACGUGCAUCGAUAUGACAAAUGAUUAUGUCUGUCAUUGCAUACCUGGGUUUUCCGGGGAUCAUUGCGAGUACGAUGUCGCGGUGUGCAAUUCUACAGAGGAGAUACGCUGCCACAACGGCGGGGAAUGUAUCGAAGGACCUGGUUUUAAAUUUUACUGCAAAUGUAUGCCAGGUUGGACAGGUCCAAAAUGUGAAGAGCAAAUAGAUGAAUGUGAAUCGAAUCCAUGCCAAAACGGUGGCAUAUGCAUUGAUGCUCAUGCGGAUUAUAUGUGCGCCUGCGCUUAUGGAUACACGGGGAAGAGUUGUGAAGUGAAAAUAGAGUUUUGUGAUGAAAACGCCUGCAGUAACGGCGCGUUGUGCGUAGUGGAAGAUGGCGAGAGAAUAUGCUACUGUGUCCCGGAUUAUCACGGUGACAGAUGCGAACUUCAGUACGACGAAUGCUUACUUGGUCCUCGAUGUAUGAACGGCGGUACCUGUAUAGAUGGCGUAGACAACUUUACAUGUUCUUGUCCACCUAGACUUACUGGGAGUUUGUGCGAAUGUUUUAUUCUUGAUGACGGCAGCCACGACUGUAAAUACGUUCGCCCGACACCACUACCAAUGUCUACUAACCUCGUCCUUACGUCGGUCUUCACAGAUAUUACUACUAAAUCAUUUACCACACCUUUAUAUAAUAAUACAUCUACUGUGUUCACUUUUAUACCGAACGAUUCGACAACUCUUCGUGUAACUGACUCGAUAGAUACUACACUUGAUUUGAUCUCAACUACAGUUAAGAGUAAUGAAACUGAAAUGUCAUCUACGAGUUUACCAUCAACUUUGUACCAAGAAAUGACUAGUCUAUCAAUAGAUGUCUCAACUGAAAUAGCAAUGACAACAACUCAGGGUGAAGCUAACAAUACAGAUACAAGUCUGCUUAAUGGAACAGUAGCAACUACAGUGAAUAUUGAUACCACUAUAUCUACAGCUAAAGAACUAAUUGAAGAAACAACACCUUUAGAAAAAUCGACUACGGCAUUAACUACGGAAUUGGUGAAGGAAUGGACUACAACACACAGACCAUUUGAAGAAACCACACGCACUUUUGACGAUACAACAAUAAAACUUGAUACGACUACAGAGAAAAUGUUUACAAAUUCUCCUGAUAAGGAGAGUAGUACUGAGAUAACAACAGAAUUAUUGGAAGUAACAAGUGCCACUGAUAGCACUUCGCAAUUUUACCCCACAGAACAUAUUCAAUGUACUCCUUCUGUUUGUAAUAAUAGAGGCACUUGUUUUAAUGGCCCCAACGGUAUCAGAUGUCACUGUACAUUCAGUUAUAAUGGAAGAUUUUGUGAGGAGAAAAUUGCAAUCACAUCUGCUGCCUUUGGAGGAAAUUCGUUUAUAGUUCACCACAUAGGAAACUCUACUUCUCUUAACAUAGAGUUUGAUGCAAAAACCCUUAUAACGGACGGUGAAAUUAUGCACGUAGAUAUCGCACAAGGGGUAUACUUAGAACUCUAUAUGAUGGCCGGAUUACUGAAGUUUAAAUUUUCAUGCGGGUAUCAGACCAUGCUUUUGAGCGAGUUAAAAACUUACGUCAACAGGGGUUAUGCAAUGAAAAUUGAAAUAAGGCUAGAUUUAUUCUUGAAUGAACAACAUUGCAAUGCAACACUUCGCUUAAACGACACAGUAGCGAUGAGUGGCGGCCAAAUAGCAAACAUAACCACUCUUAAUCCUAAUAGUACAUUGCUUUUCGGUAACGCUUACAAAAAUCGGACUGAGUAUACACCAUUCAUUGGGUGUAUAAGCGGUUUAAUUGUGAACGGUGAGAGGCGAGCAUUGUUCGGGGAUGCUUAUGACGCGGGCGACAUAACAGAAUGCUCAUCAUUGGCCUGUCUGUCUGGACCAUGUCUCAAUGGAGGGACUUGUAACGAUCGCGGAGAAACGUACCAUUGUUCUUGCGCUAAUGGAUGGCUUGGUGAACUUUGCAAUACGUCUGUGUGUGACAACAAUCCUUGUCAAUCCGGAGGUAGUUGCGUAAAACAUCCUGGUAGUGGUUUUCUAUGUCUUUGUCCUUAUGGAAAACAUGGGAUCUUCUGCGAAUAUAAUGUAGAUAUAACACGCGCAUCCCUCGCUCCGAUCACAAGCGGAAAAUCAUCAUACGUGAUCUAUCCAUUAUCACCCAUGGCGAUGAAUUCUGAUCGCUUUGAUCUACGUCUUCGUUUUCAAACCGAUGAUUUAGAUCAAAUAGCUUUAUUGGCAUUUGUGGGACAGAAUGGGCGACACGAUUCUAAAAGUCAGCACAUGGCCUUGACUUUUGUUAAAGGCUACGUCAUGCUGACAUGGAAUAUGGGAAGUGGUGCCCGUCGUAUCUUCACUUCACGAGCACUAUCCACGAGAAGAGGAGGUCACAUGGUCAGAGUAUGGAGACGUGGUCGCACUGCUGGGCUUAGCGUGGACGGAAGACACAAUGUGUCUGGCAAUGCACCAGCCAAUGACGUCAAGAUGAAUAUACUCCCUUAUGUGUAUAUUGGCAAGUAUAUUAUUCAACAAAGUGGGCAUCCUUCUGAAGAUUUUCGUGACCUCCCUCACGACCUCCCACUACACAAUGGUUGGAAGGGAUGUGUCUGGGAGGUGGGAGGUCAGGCGAUAGGAACAGGCAAGCCAGUUGGGGGUUAUGGAGUGGGACAGUGUGGGGUUGCCCAAUGCACGGCAAAGUCUUGUAAUUCACCUAGAGGCGUCUGUAUACAUUCACCAGCAACUUAUGGAUGUAUUUGCAACGAAGACUGGUUUGGCGCCACCUGUGCAAGUAGGCACAGUCCAUGUGAUUUCCCUGGUAGUAAGUGUCACGGCCGCUGCGUUAUCACCACGGGAAAUGCGAGCUGUGACUGUCCUUAUGGAAAAAGUGGCCCAAAUUGUGAUAAAGACCUUUACCCGAUCGACAUUUUCUUCACGGGUCAACGAUCAUACAUCAAAUUUCACCCUCGUUCGAUAUCCAGCGUGAGUUUAUCGCUUGAAACGGAAUUGAAGCCCGCAAAAGAACGUGGACUGAUCAUAUAUGUAGCCACGCCUCAUUUUUAUACUUCAUUAUCCCUGCAAGGUGGAUUAUUGGAAUAUCGGUGGACGGAUCGUCUGUCGGGCCUAACAUCUAUAGUACGGUCUGGAGUGGUGCUGUCAAUGUCUCAGUGGCACGCAGUGAAGGCAGGCAGAUACGGAACCCGGCUCUACAUAUGGGUGGACGGGGCUCUAACCACUGAGCCUAUGUUGGCUCAUGCCUAUCCUCAUACAGCUAGUGAAGCGUCUAUAGUGCUUGGAGGAGCAGAAGAUCUUUCAACCCUUCCAUUUGAUGUUAUGUUGGGACCACCUCAGUCUUAUGUGGGCUGCUUAAAGAACCUCCACGUGAAUAACAUCCCAUUAACAUUGGAACAACACAAUAUUGCAGCGGGCCAGAAUGUGGAGGCCUGUGAUGGAUCAGCCUGCUCCAACGGCAGGUGUAGGCGAGCUGCUUGCAACCCUGCCCAUUGCCCAUCAUCAGCUCGUUGCAGAAAUAAUCGUUGUGUCUGUCCCGCGGGUCUAGUUGGAGAAUACUGUCAAAAGAAUGUAUCAAUAACAAUUCCCCAAUUUGAUGGAGAUGCGAUGGUGUCCUUGAAUCGAAGGCCAUUUGGACGAAAUGAGCAACGACUGAGCACUCUACCAACUAAGCCAAGUUACAUUUCCUUCAAUUUCAGUACAGCGGAGCCGAGCGGAUUAUUGCUUUGGAUAGAUAUGGGUGCUGACUAUAUAGGGCUGGGUCUUGAAAACGGCUUCCUCAAAUUAGUUUGGUCCCUGCACUGCAACAAUUUGGAUCAACCCCGAACAAAGCCAAAGAUGGCGAAAGGAACAUCGCGAAUUGUGCAAUCUGGAUUCAUGGCAGAUGGCGAAUGGCACAUGGUCGUGUUGCAUUUGAGGGAAAACAUAUCUUUGUUUGUUAACCAAGCAAUGUACUUUGACGAAGUUUGUUUUAACGAUCAUGAGUUUGUGGAUGUGGAUACUUAUAUUGGUGGAGUCACGGAGGACAUUCCGAAGGUUAAAACGCUCUUCCCACAGAACUUUAAAGGUUGCAUCGACAACAUAUCAUCGAAGGAGGCCAGCUAUCUAAAUGACUUCUCGGAUGUGUAUAGCGAAAACUUAGUCGCGUGCCAACCUUUCCCUACAUGA